UCGAUCUUCUUUUGUUUCGCUUUCUCGCUUGCUUCCCAAAUUUUCGUAAACAAAAGUCGCUUCUCGUCGCGAAUUCAGUCGAAUUUUGGGAUUUGCUGGGCCGACUUUGACUCGAAAUGGCUUCGAACAUGGACGUGGACGAGGAGGAGAUCGAAAUGCCCACUUCCAGCAGCUCCAGGGGCGAGAAGAAGCGUUUCGAGGUCAAAAAGGUGCGAAUUCGCAACUCAUCACGCUCUCUCCCAUUUCCGAACCAUCUUCGGUGGAACGCCGUGGCCUUGUGGGCUUGGGACAUCGUGGUGGACAACUGCGCCAUCUGCCGCAACCACAUCAUGGACCUGUGCAUCGAGUGCCAGGCCAACCAGGCCUCGGCCACCAGCGAGGAGUGCACCGUCGCCUGGGGCGUCUGCAACCACGCCUUCCACUUCCACUGCAUCUCGAGGUGGCUCAAGACUCGGCAGGUGUGUCCCCUCGACAACCGAGAGUGGGAAUUCCAAAAGUACGGCCACUAGGCGUGUCUGAUGCAACGGAACGACUGAGCCUUCGUCCCAAGUCCGCUAAAAAUUAAACUUUGAUUUAUACUCUUGCAUAUUCUUAAUUUAAGUUGAAGGAUUUCCAAUCAAUACAUAAAAGCUCGUGCUGUAAAAA